AUCAAGUUUCUUUAUUGACUCUCGAGGAAGUUUACUGCAGUCUAUCAAUAGGCAAUAUAAAAUGACUCAUACCAUGAUAGAGGAAGACUCAUCUCCGUCAGUAAUCUAAUUAUCAUGAUGUAAAUAUGAUGCAGCUUUACAAGAGUAAAUAAAGUUUUCAAAACAUACAAUAAACCCCAAUAAUUCCUGCUAGCACAUUAAGAGAUAACAGAGUAAUGUGUCAUCAGAGCGGUCUGUAUGCUGUCUCGUUGUGGAGUGUCUCGCAGUAUUGACGUGUUGUUAGCAGAUGGAGCAGGAGGGCUGAUCUCUGCCUCCAGAGGUCAUUCUCACUACAGUUGCCACUUGUUGCCAAAAGCGGCUCGGGGCUCUGCACCAUUCAACGCCGAAUACAUUUCAAGUAUUUAUUCAGCCAACUAUCGAGACCUACAUACUUGAUGUUGAAUGCGGAACAUUACCGGGACUGAAAGAAGACUCUUGUGAUCCGGUUGAUAAUAUUUCAGCGCAUCUGACGGAGAGAAGCAUGGUUGAUAACACAAGUUUAGCAACUAAAUCUGCUUUGCAAAGCUCUUUCUCGUCCGCCAGCAGCCUUCCCCUCCAGGCUCCCUCCGCCUCCUCCCAUAACCCGUUCCCCGGCGCACAGUCCCACCAGCCCGGCAGCGGCGGUAUGAAGCUCGAGGCGGUCAUGGAGAACCUGCAGCGGCAACAGGCAGCGCGGCUGGCCCUGGAGGAGAAGCUCCGGCAGGCGGAGAAAGAGAAAAACCUCCGCUCCAUGGUGGAGUCCCAGAUACACCAACAAGCCCUGGCUUUUCGCCAUUACCAGGCGGCGAUGCGCGGCGCUCUGGCCGCUGGAGUUGCCAACUCGACCCCCGGGGUGACGCUCCCUCACAUUGAGGUCCGCAGAGCCGACGAGGACAGAAACUCCUCCAGAGUCGGCAGCGACGAUAAGGACAUGGAUGAUGAGGAAGAUGACAUGGAGGAGCAGGAGGUCAUUGAUGAAGAGGAGGAGGACGAGGACGAUGUCGGGUUGAACCACUACCAGCACCGGCAGUCCUCGCUCCAGGAAACCUGCCUGUCUCCGAAGAGCGCUCCGAUGCAUCUCAUGGCCAGAGUCCCAGGGGCCUUUGCCCCGGCCCGCCGCGCAGAGUCCCCGUCGGCGCACCCGCAGACCCAGCACCACGAGUGGACCUACGAGGAGCAGUUCAAACAGUUGUAUGAAUUGGAUGAUGAUGAGAAGCGCAAAGAGUUUCUUGAUGACCUUUUCAGUUUCAUGCAGAAACGGGGGACUCCAGUGAAUCGGAUUCCUAUCAUGGCCAAGCAGGUGUUGGAUCUCUACAUGCUCUACAAGCUCGUCACUGAAAAAGGCGGCUUAGUGGAAGUCAUCAAUAAGAAAAUAUGGCGUGAGAUCACCAAAGGCCUUAACCUCCCUACCUCCAUUACCAGUGCUGCUUUCACUCUCCGAACACAGUAUAUGAAGUACCUCUACCCGUAUGAAUGUGAAAAGCGGGGACUAAGCUCCCCUGGUGAGCUUCAGGCAGCUAUUGACAGCAACCGGCGGGAAGGCCGUCGGCAGAGCUACGGCUCUGCCAUCUUCAACUACUCUCCUGUGGGCACCCCCACCCUCCUGUCUUCACCAAAGAUACAGAUGUCCCACCUACCUAUGCCCACUCAUAACAGUGGCCAUAUCUCCCAGGUGCCUGUGAUCAAGAAAGAGGAGCCAAUGAUGGCCAGCUGCCUGCCCAGUCGGAUGGCCCUCCCCAUGUCUCCCAGUGGCCAUCAUGCUGCAGCCGUGGCUGCCCAGGCAGCAGCGGCUCAGGCAGCAGCGGCUCAGGCUGCAGCACAGGCUGCAGCUGCCGUCCAGGUGGCAGCUCUGGAGCAGCUCAGAGAGAAGCUGGAAAGUGGUGAACCACCAGAGAAGAAGAUGAUGAUGGUGGCAGAGGAGCAGCAGAGGCUCAUGCAACAAGCGCUGCAGCAGAACCUGCUGGCAAUGGCCACUCAGCUGCCCCUCAACAUCAAACUCAACAACAGAGAUGAUAGACAAGAGACCGCAUUGAACCUGUCUACCAACGGCAUUAGCAGCAUCAACAUGUCAAUAGAAAUAAAUGGAGUUGUCUACACAGGUGUCCUGUUUGCUCGGCAGUCGGCCAUAGCAGGGAUGACGGGACACCGUGGGAAACACAGCAACUGUCAGACUCAGGGAAAGACCAGUCCCACACAGCUCCAACCAUCCUGCUCCUCUUCUUCAUCCUCCUCCUCCUCACUGCACGGACACAGAAAUUCCUCCCCAGACACCUGUUCAGUGUGGAACAGCUCAAAAGCAUGAUCGCUACUCAACUUGAGGUGCAACAUGGACGAAGCCAAAUGAAGAUUCCCACUUGUGCACCAGAAAAAAUAAGGUGGCUGAACAGCUAACCUUCUGCAAGGUAUCACAGUUGAUCUGUUUGUAGGCUUUAUAACAGACCUCAGAAACUCACUACUUAUAACUAAUACCAAAGAAGAAAACAGAUCUAUGCUUGUUCAACACAUUCAGCAUUUACAGUGAACUUUAGCACCAAUGAUCAAACCUGAAGAAUAUAGCAAGAAUACAAACAGACAAAGCACAUCUGAGGAGGAAAUCACUGUCUAGACUGCAUAACAGUUUGUUCUCAUCAGAGACUUGUGACAGUAUCUCUCCACCAUAUCAGACGUUCCACUGGACAGUUAGUUGAUAAUGUGUCAACAUAUAGGCAGCAACAUGGCUAGACAGUGAUGUAUCUGUGGAUCCACGCAGUGACAUUAGAAGUGAAAGUGAAGUGUUUAAUGUGGAUUUUUGUAGUAUGGUUUAGUGACAGUAAAUUGUGUUCUCUUAAACACAGUCAGCUCAGUCCACAGAAGACAAGCAGCUGCUUUUUGUUUUGUUAGCCUGAUAACUAGUCAGCAGGCCAACUGAACCAAGGACGUCUGGUUUAAGUUAACACACAGCGCUAUCCACUAGUAGCAAACACAGUGUCCCAAUCCAUAUUGUAUACUAAUACUAUAUAUAUGUUACCAGGAUCUGAUUAACCUGUUAAAGGC